UAAACCGUAACACCGAACGACUGUUUUUUUUGACAGCGUAGCCAAACCGAUACUUUCCACAAAUUCGUCGGGACUAUUUUGUAGGAGAUUCACAUGAGUUAAAACACAUAGUUUAGUGCUACUGUUGAUGUAUGCACACGAGACUUGUGGAGAAAACCAAAAAGGGGUUGCUAUCAUGUGCAAGACGCGCGAGCUAACGCCCUAGCAAUGAUAACUGGAUUUUGGGUUUGCUGAUGUUAAAUAGUCCGCGGAUUUGUCUGAACGCGAACGAUGACCAGUGGCUCGGUGCCUGAAUGUAUGCGAAGACUCUCCGGAGACAGACUUAAAGAGGAGUGCGUGAUAAGGAAAGUAAUGUUACCGCGGGUGUGAUUUGGAGCAUGGGCUCUUUGGGGUUUAUUUACAACUAGAUACUCGUCGUAGCGGAUACGCUUUGUGUUUUCGCCCUCGAAUGACUACGGUUGCACCGCCGGUGAUGUUGGCGACCGUCGGCCAAACGCCCCGGUUCUCCGAAUUGGGACCGAGCAGCCAAACUUCGUUGUGAAACCAUGAAGAAGUGCGAGUAUCAACAAAUCGACCCCCGGACACUCCAGACGCCGACGCCGACCCCUCCGCCUCGCCUCGGACCCGAGAGAGAGGAGCCCAAAGGACGGAGGAGGAAGUGGCAAGUUUUCCCGGGAAAGAAUCGCUUCUACUGCGAUGGACGGAUCAUAGUGGCCCGGCAGAGUGGGGUCCUGCCCCUCACCCUGGGCCUCAUCCUCAUCACAAGUGGAUUGUUCUUCAUAUUUGACUGUCCCUUCCUGGUCAAACACCUGACCAGCUGCAUACCUGUUAUUGGAGGAGGCCUCUUUGUGUUUGUGGUCAUCACCUUGCUCCAGACCAGCCUCACAGACCCUGGCAUCCUGCCCAGAGCAACUCCAGAUGAGGUUGCAGACAUUGAAAAACAGAUUGACAACACUGGAAACACCAGCUAUCGGCCUCCACCACGCACCAAGGAAAUCCUCAUCAACCAGCAGGUGGUGAAGCUCAAGUACUGCUUCACCUGCAAGAUGUUCCGGCCUCCGCGCACCUCCCACUGUAGCCUGUGUGACAACUGUGUGGAGCGAUUUGACCAUCACUGCCCUUGGGUGGGGAACUGUGUGGGGAAACGCAACUACCGUUUCUUCUACACCUUCAUCGUGUCGCUCUCCUUCCUGACGGCAUUCAUCUUCGGCUGUGUGACCACACAUCUAGCACUGAUGGCUCAAGGUGGAAGGGGCCUGGUGUUUGCUCUGCAGGAGAGUCCGGGCAGUGCGGUGGAGCUGGUGAUAUGUUUCUUCUCAGUCUGGUCCAUCUUGGGCCUCUCGGGCUUCCAUACCUACCUGGUUGCUUCCAACCUGACCACUAAUGAAGAUAUUAAAGGCUCCUGGUCAGGGAAGAGUGGAGAAGAUGUCUCCAACCCAUACAGUCAAAGAAACAUAUUUAUCAACUGUUGUUCUGUGCUCUGUGGGCCCAUGCCACCCAGCUUAAUCGACAGACGGGGUUUCCUGCCCUCGGAGGAGUCUGUCCAGUCGGCGGGUGUGGACAUCGAGCCGCCCACUGCGGCCACUAAAAACGUGUGCACACAGGGAACGAAAGGUCUGCUGGAGUCGGCCGCGAUCCCUCCGCUCUUGUCCACCUCGUGUCCUCAGGGGAAACCUCACUCGGCUCACACCGGCCCCACGGUGAACUCUGACCCUUCGCCGGAGCUCUCCGCGAGCUGCGGGGUCCGCCAGGCCGCUGCUGCCGCUGCCGGCUCCCGUGGCGUAGAUACCUCUCCGCCACGUCGCACCAAGACGCGGUCAAAGAAAAGCAAACGAGCGCCGUUGGAUAUUGACAACCUUUCCUUCGACGGGCCCGUUUCCCCUACCUCUCCGGACGCUGGCCCCAGAUCCAAAGCCGGGGGCCACAAAGGUGCCCGCUUCGCCUCUUGGCACUGACUGAAAAGAGAGCCAAGCGAAAAGCACACACAUUGUCUGAAGCUCGCAUGCGGUAACACAGAUACAAGUGGUAUGAGUUCAAAAACAUGUAUUAUUUGUUGGUCCUCUGAAAGCUCUGGAUCUGGUCAUCGUGGAUGAGGAUGACAAUCACUGAGAUAUGUAUUUGUGUGUUCGGUUCGUAGAGGAUGUAGCAACACUAGAGCAGAUUGGAUGUAUAAACGUAGCCUUUGGUGUCCAAGGAAAAGCACACGAAAAGAGGAAAUGCUCAAGAUGGCGUAAGUGGUGUACGGAUAGACCCAUAUGCCUUUCUGAUGAUUCUCAUGUAAAACAUGAAUCUUACCAGCAUGUCAGAUCCAUCAUAUUGUGAACUAGUAGUGGCUUUGAUGUAUCAGGUGGACAAAAAGCUGUGUUUGGUCUGAAAAGGGAUAAUCUAUUGCAAAUGCUGAAUUGACAUAUGCCAUUUCUAUAACGUUGUGCAGCUCAGUUUAUAGUGUGGACUUGAGCCGGUUUCUCAGCAGUUUGAGCUGAUGAUGUCAUCUUGAGACAUAUAGACAGUGAAUAGUUGAACAGGUUAUGAGAUUCAUACUGGAAAGCUCUGCCUUGGAUGCACAGAUGGGUGAUACAUUAAUGCUAUACAGCUCAUUUCCUCCUGGGCUCCUUUAGUAGGUUAAUCCGGCUCUGAGAGGAGAGCAAUAUCUAACACAUUGCUCAAAAAUGUCCAAUAUGUUAUCAGUUGGGUUGCGAUUUAAUGACUGUGAAGCUAUAGCUUACAGCAUUAAUUUCUCAAAUUGUUCUUUAUUGCCCAUCUGUUAUAUCUCAAAGAAAGAUGGAUGAGUCUAUUGCAGUCCAGGUUAAGGUAUUGGUAUUGUAUUUAUAACUAAUACAGGACUUUCACCCAGCAGACUGUUGUUCGUGUCCCAUGUGAAAGCAAAAGUAAAUAUUGACUUCACCCUGUUACUUAAUGUUAUAAAAAAAAGUCCGCUCAUAACACGUGUGAAUUCAGAUUUUGGGUGCAUUUUCCCUGUAGCGUUGCCCAUACAGCACAGUGUGUAUUCGUUGUAUCAGUUUGUAUUGUUGUUCAGAUUGUUGCGCCGUAUGGCAGUGAAUGCAACUGCAUGCUAUUGACUAAAGACGUAUUUUCAAUUUAGUUUAUUGACAUUGAUUCAAACAUCCCUUUACACACCCGAGAGAUCCUGUAGCACAAUUUUGUAGGAACACUGGGAUUUGGAGUCCUGAAGAUCGUUGUGUGUGUGAAUUGAAGCGGCACUGUUUAUUGCCUGUGUGCUGCAGCACCUCCUGCUCAUGCUGUCGUUAAUAUCAGCCACCGAUUUAAAGUUUCCACGUCCGGCUCACACUUUGUAUAUGCAACAACAAUAUCUGCUCUCUCCUCCGUAAAAUGUUUGCUUCGACUCAUCUAAGAAUGUGAACGGUGAUUUGUUCUCAGGUGGAAAUGUCUAUAGGGGUGGAUAUCAAUAUGCAAGUGACAUAUCAUGUUGACCCUCAUUUCAACCUGAUGGACACACACACACACACACACACACACCUCAGAGUCAUCCGAGCACAUUCAUGAUGUCACACAUACAAGUAAUGCAUUUCGGAGGAGAAAAACAAUGUGCUAUAUUUGUACAAACGUUAAGGUUAUUUAAGACAACGCUACCGUCGAAGAAAAGGGAAAAGGAAAAUAAAGUUCCGUGAAAUAAAGAGGCUCAGUUGGUGUGUGUGUGUGGUGUAAGCAUAUCUAAAAAUCAAACCGAGGGAAGAGUCAAACAAAACAGCUGCACACUGUUGUAACUCUCCCGGCACAUUUGAAUGUCUCUGUUACAUCAGCUCUAAUCGAGGCCUUCGUCAGGCAUCAUCAUCAUUAUCGUCGUCAUCAUCAUCAUUCAGGAAAGAGAAGCAUCAAGAUCAAUAUAAAAUAAAUGUUUAACAUAAAAACUCAAAUAUAUAGCAUAUAUCACAUUUAAUGUCUGGAAAAAAAGUACCAUAAAAUACUAUGUAAUAUGCAUAUAAUAUACAUAUUUAUGAAUACAGGCAUGUUCAGUUCAGCAAUAGGCCAACAUUCGUAUUAAUACAUAUUCAAGAUAUAUAAAAGAUGAGUCUAAUAUAUAUUGUAAAUCACAAAAAACAUUUAAAAAAUGAUCAUCAAACUACACAGAAAAAUACAAAAAGUAGAAAUUAAAAUGGAAAAGUAGAAAACAAUUUAAUAUAUGACUCGUAAUUCAGGGAGGUUCAGCCCAGCAGUGGGCCAGAAGUCGUAUUGAUGUCUACAAAACACAACAAAAACACAAGAAAGAAGAACAUGGGAAGGGUGGUUAUUACUUUUUGUAUUUUUCGAUGUCGUUGUUCUUCAUGUUUAUUGUUUUACUCAAUCUUUUAUGUAUGGUAUUUAAUAUGUAGGUAUUAAUAAACACAGUGCAUUUUGCUGAACUUCAUCUGCUUUUACCCCCAAAGAAAAUAUUUUAAAUAUAUAUAUUUCAUAUAACUAUGCUUGUUUAAUACCGAUGAUAAUAUUGAUGACAGCGUCAUUCAGCUCGGCUCUGUUUGAGGGUGGAUUGACACUCAGUCGUGCAGAUCUUGAACGCCUCAGUUGAUGAAUGUCUUGUAUUUUGCUCGCUCUGCUUCAUGAUGGUGAUUCAAUAAUUUCUGACAAAGUUCUCUUGAUAGAUUAAAAAAAGUGCACAAUUAAAAUGGCAGAGCUUGUGA